UAUAGACUGUAUAACUAAGCCUAAAGGUAAGGUGUGUGUCUUGCUGUUGUUUAUUCUGCCUCCAGACACACAUAUUGUGUAUAAUAUAAUGUGAAUCACAGGAGAAUUUACACAUUAAAGAAUACCAACAAAGAUGUAUACUGUAUUAACAACUGUCCUAGCAUUGCUCUUCAUAGAUGGAGGAAUGGCUGUCAGUAACAAGGUCCUUUCAGAAUGGACUGCUGCAGACUAUCCUAACCCAGCCAGAGAUUGGACCACAUGUGGGAGAUAUGAAAAGUCCCUUGUUUGUGAUCCAAAUGGCCUCCUCAAUACAAAAGAAGCUGAUACCCUCGACUGGUUGUUGAAAGGAGUAGUCAAUGAUACUAAGUGUCCAUGUUCUGCCUGGAAAUGUGAAUCAAAGAAAUCAGGAUAUGUUGUUGCUGUAGCUUUAGUAAAAAAACUUAACAUUCCAAAGACUGGCCCUGGUCCAGUGGAUAACAAUGAGAAGCUUGCAGCUCUACGACAGUUUGCAUUUGACCUUGAGAAUAACAAAUGGAGGUUUGGAGAAUGUAACGAGGAUGUUAUCAUUGCUUACUCGGCUGAAGAAGGAGCAGUUUUCACCUUUGCUGGGGGUACUGCCAAUAGAAGGUUAACCCAGGACUUGAUAGAUAGUAUAACUGCUCACAGAAAACAUUAUUUUAGAGGAAACAAACAUGUCUAUGCUGGUCUUAGAUCAAUGGUCAUGGAUUAUAGGGAAGCAUUGACAGAGGGAGGAUUUGUAUUUUCCCAGCAGGUAGAUCAGAGUCCUAAGGGAGCUGGAGUACAGGUUCUAAGUACAGUGACAUCUAUACUUAGUCUGCUCAUCUGCACAUUCUUAUUACAGUAAAUACACAAUUUGGAACAGUGAUGUGAAAGGUUGAUUUAUGUGACACUAUUUAAAAGUAUCAAAAGGGGAUUGUACUGUUUUUUCCAGUUCCAAAUUAGAUAGCUCAUAUAUAAGAAUUAAAAUGUCCCCAAUCUUUCAGUGGUUAGGAGAGAUCAUGAGUCAUCAACGAAAUUUUCUUCUCAUUGUUUAUGGUAGCCAGGUAAAUCAUAAAUGAAAUCCAUAUUGUACGAAAAGUUGUUGUACAUCCAAGAUGGCCAAAAUUUAGUGAUUUAUUGUCUUUUAAAUCAAGAAAAAAAAUCUUUAAGGUGUUUAAAUAACUCUUGCCAGCAUGAGCUGGU